UGCUCUGAUCCUUGGAACUCGUUGUUGGGUGCACUACUAGAUACAGAGUUAAGAGCACUAAGCACCAGAACCUGAUCAUCAAGCCUGUCUUGCCUCUAACCAUCCUUCAGAAUCCCAAUCAAUGGCCUCUCAUCUCAGGGAUUGGUGCUGUUUAUGAAUCUGGGGAAUGCUCAGAACCCGUGUGUCCUUGAUGAUGAAAAUGUUCCCUUCCAUCUCGUGCAGGCUAAGUUUAAUAAUAGCAAUCCCUGUGCUUUUGAUCCAAGUGAAGAUUUGUGCAUGGUUGAGUUCCCGACAGUACCGGCUCUUAAGGGUGCAAGACUCUCAGUCAUAUCAAUAGACUAUGAAUCCCGCUUCUUAGAAUUAUGUCAUGUUGAAGGUUGUCUUCCCGAACUCUUUCUACGACUUCACAAUUCACCCAUUUCCCCCUUCCAAUUUGAAUCUUCUUUCUCGGAAUUAUUCGAACCACCUUCCAAUAUUACUUUCUUCAAUUGUUCUUCGAUUGGGUCAACAUACCUGAAAAACAAAUCCCCAUUUAAGCAAGAUAUGUUUAGUUGCCCGAUUUAUGUUGUUGACUCCGAUGAUAGUAUCUUGAAGAAUGAUGUAACUUUCUGCAACAAGAUGUUUCCGUUAGCUUCGCCAGUAAUCGGAUUGGAUUUUCAGUUUAACAGAAUUCGACUCAAAUGGUCCCUACCAAAACGUGACGUUGAAAAGAACAAACCCAGCAAGAUAUCCAAAUUUGUUUUACCAGCUUCAGGUUCGAUUGUGCUGUUGUUGUUGUGCAUUGUGUUUUUUCUAAUAUAUGGCUACUUCAAAACCAAAGGAGAUGAUCAAGCAAGGCUCGAAAAGUUUUUGAAGGAUUACGAGGCCCUGAAGCCUACUAGAUUUUCUUAUGCUGAUGUCAAAAGAAUGACGAACCAUUUCAAGGAUAUAAUAGGCAAAGGAGCUCAUGGAUCAGUCUUCAAGGGUAAGCUAUCCAAUCAAAUUAUAGUAGCUGUAAAGGUACUCAAUAACUCUGAUGGCGAUGGUGAAGACUUUAUCAAUGAAGUGGCGACUCUGGGUAAAUUUCAUCACAUCAACGUUGUUCGUUUGUUGGGCAUUUGUGCUGAUGGGUUUCACCGUGCUCUUAUUUAUGACUUUUUUCCAAAUGGUUCUCUCCAAAACUUCAUAUCUUCUCCCGACAACAAAGAAAAAUUUCUUGGAUGGUUGAAGUUGCAACAAAUCGCUCUUGGUAUAGCCAAAGGGAUUGAAUAUCUCCACCAUGACUGUGAUUUUCGGAUUCUUCAUUUUGACAUCAAUCCUAAUAAUGUGUUAUUAGACCAUAAUUUUGCUCCAAAAAUUUCUGAUUUUGGUCUAGCAAAAUUGUGUUCUAAGAAUCAAAGUAUUGUAUCAAUAACAGCAGUAAAAGGAACUUUAGGAUAUAUUGCACCUGAAGUUUUUUCUAAAAAUUUUGGGAAUGUGUCAUAUAAGUCAGAUAUUUACAGUUAUGGAAUGUUGUUGUUAGAAAUGGUUGGAGGAAGGAAAAUAACUGACACAAGUCAAGAAGCUUCCCAAAUUUUAUAUCCAAAGUGGAUCCAUAAUUUGAUUGAAGGAGGAGAUAUAAAUAUUCACAUUGAAGAUGAAGAUGACAACAAAAUUGCAAAGAAACUAGCACUUGUGGGACUUUGGUGCAUUCAGUGGCACCCGAUUAGUCGUCCGUCGAUGAAAACAGUUAUACAAAUGCUAGAAGGAGAAGGAAAUGAAUUGAAGGUGCCUCCGAAUCAAUUUGAAUCCCUCAAUUUUAUUAACAAAAGUUCCAUGUUCCAACAUGAUAUUUGAAUUUAGGGUUAGAAAUUAUUCAUGAAUUAGAAUAAGAAGAAUCCAAUGCUCACCAGAUAUAUGUAAUUUUUACUUCUAUGAGGAAAUAUUUUGUUAAGAGUUCAUGAUA